UCAACAUUGAGAGUUCGGUCCGUCCGUAGAACCACGAUGACCAUGACUUCACCAAAAAAUAAUAAAAGAAAAGAAAAGAAAAGACAUACAGUCAUAAUUGGAAUCUAUUUAGCCAGACUAUGGACUCUGAAUGAUAACGAGAAAGAGAAUGGAAGCGUGGUUACAUAGAUGCGCGCGUCUGUGUAUGAUAUAUACAUGUACAUGUAUAUGAAGAUUCCACAGACACAGCAAGUAAGCCGAUCUAAGUCUCGAUCUCUACCGAUCGAAGUUAAAAAUAAGGGAUUAUACACUUUAUCGUUCACCGAACUUUGAAAUGCCAGACGAAUAUUAGUGGAUACAGGUGAUUCAGGCAUCAUGGAGUACAUAAAAGAACUUAAAGCAGCCUUGGAAAAAUUUGCUGUGUCCCUGCAAGAAAUAAUUGUUACUCAUUGGCAUCCUGAUCAUGUUGGAGGCGUGGAUGACAUCUGUAGCUCUUUUAAUGAGGGUAUCUCUGUGUAUCAGUGUGAAGGAUACAAAGUUUCGAAGUUAAAGCGACUUUCUGAAGCAGAUGUUCCAUUAAAAAAUACAGAUUAUACCUUCAUCAAAGAUCAGCAUGUUUUCCAUACGGAAGGUGCCACUCUAAGGUUAUACCAUAACCCUGGUCACUCUGAAGAUCACACGAUACUACAAUUAGUGGAAGAAAAUGCUAUCUUUAGUGGUGAUACUAUCCUUGGUGGUUCAACCACUACAGUUGAAGAUCUUACAAGCUAUAUGCAGUCCCUGAAGCAAAUUCUUGACCUCAACCCAUCAGUUAUCUACCCAGGUCAUGGUUUUGUAAUUGACAAUCCCAAGGAAACUGUGGGAGGUUACAUCGAACAUCGUAACAAGCGAGAAUCUCAGAUCAUCCAGUGUCUCACUGACCACAGAGAUACACCAAUGGAGCCAAUGGACAUAGUCAAGAUUAUUUAUGUUGGUGUUCCUGAGGCGCUUCAAAUAAGUGCAGCCAACAAUGUCAUUCAGCAUUUGCUAAAACUUCAGAAAGACCAGAAAGUUGAAUCAAAGGAUGGUGUUAAAUGGACCAUUAAGCCCUUAUCCUCUCUAUGAGCGCUGGUGAAUCUCUUUGUAUGUGUAUGCAUGAAAGAUUAUUAUACUGUUUAGCAUCAUACAUGGAAAAGUGACUGUCAAGAAAAUAAUCAUUUGUUGCCUGUUCAGUCCUCUGCUAAAUGAUCAAGACAUAGAUUUUCAAUAUUACGGUUUAGAAAUAGAAGCUCGUAAAAAUUAUGUUAUUGAUACUCUAGACAUUGAUUAUCGAGUAUGCAGAUGAAACUACUGAUCCAAAGAUGUGGGAAUUUAUAAGUGCAUUAAAAUUCUGUGAUAGACACCGCCACUCACAUUUUUGUAAUCAUUUUUCUUGCACUUCUUAUGAUGCUUAUAAAUAAGCUAUUUUUGUAUAGACAAUGAAUUCGGUUACUUUUGUUUUUGACUUGCCUUGUGUAUUUGGAUGUUUGUUUUAAGACUGUCUUCUAAGUUUGAACUUAUACAGGUUAUGUCAGAUACACACCAGUGCCAUUUUCUAGAUCAGUAAAAAAUGUACAGCUCAUCAGAAAGACUUCACCUUUUGUUAUCGUUUACAAAAGCAGAAAACAAAACUUAUCAUGUCUGAGAAAUUGUAGUCUAUUUCUGUAGCUUGGUGUGUGGUCUUAUUAAAACAUGAACAUGUACCUCAAAUAAACUGAUUCAAAUAGAAA